AUGAAGCCUUAUUUUGGAUUGCGGGGCAUGUCCCUGAAUAUUAUGAUCAGUAUAAUUGCUGGUUUGGACUUCUUACUUUUCGGAUAUGAUCAAGGUGUUAUGGGAGGUCUAUUGACCUUGAACUCGUUCGUCGUUCAAUUUCCCCAAAUCGACACCACCGCAGCUGGUGAGGUCGGCCUCUCUGCGGCUCAAAGAAGCAAUCGUUCUACCGUACAAGGCAUCACAACUGCCUCUUACAAUCUGGGAUGUUUUGUUGGUGCUGUUGCCUGUAUCUGGAUUGGUAACUACCUCGGGCGUCGUAAGACUAUCUUCACCGGCUCGAUUAUCAUGGUCAUUGGCGCAACGCUACAGUCCUGCGCAUAUUCACUCCCACAUCUGAUUGUCGGCCGUAUCGUGACUGGUAUUGGCAACGGAAUGAAUACUUCUACCGUUCCUACUUGGCAAUCGGAAUGUAGCAAGUCUCACCAUCGUGGUCCACUUGUCAUGCUGGAAGGUGCUUUGAUUGCCGGUGGAAUCAUGAUCAGUUACUGGAUUGAUCUCGGAUUCUCCUUCCUUGACCCUAGUUCUGUCGCAUGGCGCUUCCCAAUUGCUUUCCAGAACGUCUUCACCCUUGUCAUUCUGACCUGCGUACUACCCCUUCCCGAAUCUCCUCGCUGGCUGAUUAUGAAAGGCCGUGAAGAAGAGGCAAUGGAGGUCUUAUCGGCUAUCCUGGAUAUGGACGAAAGCGAUCCAUAUGUACACUCUGAGUUCGCCGCUAUUAAGGAUGCCGUGAUGGAAUCUGAGUCUGUCAGCUUCCGUGAUCUUUGCACCAUGGAUGAAAAUCGCCAUCUCCACCGUGUUGUUCUCGCCUAUGUCAACCAGAUGUUUCAGCAGAUCUCCGGUAUUAACUUGAUUACCUACUAUGCAGCUACCAUCUACGAGAACUCCCUUGGAAUGGACGGUCUCACGUCACGAAUUAUGGCAGCUUGCAACGGUACCGAGUACUUCAUCGCAUCUUUGGUUCCUAUCUUCAUUAUUGAGAAGGUUGGCCGUCGUACUCUGAUGUUGGUUGGUGCCGCUGGUAUGUCCAUCUCCAUGGCAGUCCUCGCCAUCUGCACCAGCUUUGAAGGACAGAGUAAGCCCGGUAUUGCUGCUGCUGUAUUCCUCUUUGUUUUCAACACCUUCUUCGCCUUUGGAUGGUUGGGUAUGACCUGGCUAUACCCGGCGGAGAUUGUCCCUCUGCGUAUUCGUGCUCCCGCUAACGCUCUCUCGACUUCUGCAAACUGGAUCUUCAACUUCAUGGUCGUUAUGGUCACUCCUGUUGCAUUCGAGAACAUCAAGUACCGAACCUACAUUAUCUUCGCAGUGAUCAACGCCUUCAUCUUCCCAGUCGUCUACUUCUUCUACCCCGAGACCGCCUACCGAUCUCUCGAAGAGAUGGACACCAUCUUUCAGAAUACAACCACUGUCUUCAACGUCGUCUCCGUCGCCCGUAAUCAGCCUCACCGCUACGGCAAGAACGGCGAGCUGUUGAUCAACUACCAAGAUACCGAGGAGCAUCUCCGCCGCGCUAGCCACGUUUCUGAGAAACAUGGCAAGAGUUUCGCUGCGAGCGGCGAUGUGGAAGGUGGUAAGGGUGCUCAUGUGGAGAACCAGGAUAACGUCUCCACAAACAGCAGUUAA